UGUAAAGGAAAACGACAACCAGCGUCGCACAACAAAGCAUGCGCGCGCCAUCUGUACGUUCUACCACAGCUAAGGAUUAGACCCUUGCGGUCUUCCGGCCGCCCAAAAUCUCCGGCCCACGAAGUACCACCAACCCCACUAUGGACCUCCUGCGUCCCGCCUGGUUCAUCGUUUUACUCUGUUUAGCCUCACACAGCUCUGCAAGUACACCAACAACUACCACCCCUGCCAUCACCAAAGUGAACGUCACCGUUUUGUACGAGGCCUACUGUAAGGACAGUUCAUGGUUCAUCACCAAACAGUUGUUGCCCACAUACGUCCUUCUCAAAGAUUACCUCAUCGUUGACCUCGUGCCUUACGGGAAGACUAAAAUGAAACCAGGACCGGACGAGUCAUCUGUAACCUUCACCUGUCACCAUGGACCAGCAGAAUGUGCUUCAAACCAAAUUCACGCAUGCGCAAUAGCGCUGUAUCCCGAUCAGGAUGUUAACGUAAACUUCGUGGCAUGUACGUUAAGGCAUUGGAAACCAGAAAAGGCCAUCAAGAAGUGCUGUAAGGAAGUGAAAGCUGACGCACAGAAGGUAGAAGGUUGCGCAUCCUCUGCUCAAGGAAGGACUUUGCUUCAGAAGAUGGGACUUCGUACCCUGAGUGUGAAGCCCCCUGUGACGUACAUCCCCAGCGUCAUCAUCGAUGGCGUGUUUAAUAAGAAGGGACAAAAGAAAAUUCAGAAGAAUUUCAAGGCUGCGGUGUGCGGUCAUUUGAAGCCGCCGCUCCCGAAAGAGUGCACGAAAAAGAGGAGGGGUUGGUUUGGACGUGGUUAAAUGUCGCUCGUCAAGUCGGGGUGGAGAACACGGCAAAAUUUACAAAACAUGCGUCCUGGAGUGGCGGUGAUCAGUAUGAAAAUAAAAACGGGCUGCCUGA